AUGGCGGCGGGGGAGAUAGAUGACGACGAGCCGGCCGCGCCGGACCAGGUGUCGUCUGUAAAGCAAAUAUUCCUGGAUAAAUAUCGAGAGAACAUAGAAAAAGGGCUUUAUGAUGACCGUGACCUUGAAAAGAUCAGGACAGAUGAUUUUCUUCUGGAGCUUUACUGCAAACACAUCCCCAAAGCAAAGCCUGAUGAAGUGGCCUCCUUGAUAAAUGAUUCUUUAAAAUGGAGGCUUGAAUAUCAGAUGAAUGAUAUGAGUGAUGAAAGUUUUGAAGAAAAAAUUUGGGAACAAGGUGCUAUAUUUUAUCAUAACACUGACAAAGAUGGCCACAAAGUAUUGAUCAUACGGGUAAAGCUUCAUCGUAAAGGGGACAGCCAAUAUUUGCAUACGGUGAAGCGUUUUUUUGCUUGGCAUAUUGAAAAAGUCUUUCGAGAGAAACCUGGAGAACCAAUUGUGAUGUUGUUUGAUAUGUAUGGUGCUGGUCUUGGCAACUUGGAUAUGGAUUUCAUCAAAUUUUGUAUUAAUUGCUUUAAGUACAACUAUCCAUGCAUUCUAGCAUUGAUGUUGGUAUAUGAGAUGCCUUGGAUUUUUAAUGGUAAAUCUUUACUUUUCCCCUUUUUUCUCUUUUCUCUCUCUUUUCUUUUUUCUCUCUCUCUUUUUCUUUUCUUUCUUUUCUCUCUCUUUCUUUUCUCUCUCUUUCUUUUCUCUCUCUUUCUUUUCUCUCUCUUUCUUUUCUCUCUCUUUCUUUUCUCUCUCUUUCUUUUCUCUCUCUUCUCUCUCUUUCUUUUCUCUCUUUUCUCUCUCUUUCUCUUCUCUCUCUUUCUUUUUCUUUUCUCUUCUCUCUCUUUCUUUUUUUCUCUUCUCUCUCUUUCUUUUUCUUUUCUCUUUCUUUUCUCUCUUUUCUCUCUCUUUCUUUUCUCUCUCUUUCUCUUCUCUCUUUUCUCUCUCUUUCUUUCUCUCUUUUCUCUUCUCUUUUUUCUCUCUCUUUCUUUUCUCUCUUUCUCUCUCUUUCUUUCUCUCUUUUUUCUCUCUCUCUUUUCUCUCUCUCUCUUUUCUCUCUCUCUCUUUUCUCUCUCUCUUUUCUCUCUCUCUCUUUUCUCUCUCUCUCUUUUCUCUCUCUCUUUUCUCUCUCUCUCUUUUCUCUCUCUCUCUUUUCUCUCUCUCUCUUUUCUCUCUCUCUCUUUUCUCUCUCUCAGUUGA